CAGCCUCGACCACCCAGGGAGCCAGGUACUCGGAUGUACUUUAACCUGAACAAAAAUGGAUAGAUGACGGCUGCCCCCAAGUUCUCUCUCUGAUGGUCAUAAAUACGAAGUGCGAAGCUUUCGAAAGUAAGCUACGGAUUUAAUCUUCACAUUCUUCUUUCUCAUCUUCUCCUUUCUUUUCGUUGAAUUUGAUGUGAAAUUGUGACUGAGAUUUCGGUUGAUCUGGACUAUUAUAAGAAGGAUCUCUUUCCUUUUUCUUUCUUGACCUUUCUUCUGAUUGUCUUAUUACCUCGUUGUACGUGUAUGUGAAACUAGGUAUUAACAUCACCGUCAUCACCAUACUUGUCCCAAUUCACUGCCCCGCAUUCUCCGAGCGCCAGGUUUUCGAACUUUCAAUACAUCAACGUCGUUUCACCAACAGGAUUGACCAUAUCCGAGGCCCUCCGGUUUGACCACCUCUUGAGAUUUAUCUUGGACGUUAAACUGUCUUGGACAGAAUUGAAUGUCCACGAACUUUAUAAAACUCUUUUUUUCAGAUACAGAACCCAUGAUCCCCUGGCCAGAAUAACAGUCACUUAAGGUCGCGAGACCUUCACACAUCACAUACGAAAACAAACCCGCAAAUUAUACACCCCCGCACAAACACAUACAGUAGAACAGCCAAAAUGAGCAGGUGGUUCAGAUCCGCCGUAAAGGCAGCACCUACAAUGGUUGGGGAAGACGAGGAACAGCAUCUAAGGGAUGUCGAGGCUGCGAUGUUGAAAUUGUUGAACGAUGACAUCGAUGAAGCAGACAAAUUAUUGAAGAAAAACGAUUCUUCAUACCAUCAUUUAGGAAGAGGAAUAUCCGGAUUCUUAUCUGCGAUGAUGGGGGUAGAGAAGGAUUUACUCAAGGAAGCUGCGGUAAUCUUACUAGAAGCCGAGAAUAAAAGUUGGGAGGAUAUGAAGAAAGCUCAAAAGGAAUCCACGGCUUUCCAAUCAAACAUAUAUCCACAGGGUACAGAGUAUCUGUUGUGCUAUUCUGUGGCUCAAUUGACGAGUGCGAUCACUGCCGUUCUCAGCGGAAGUAUCACAGAAGCAGUCAAGGGCUUUUACAAAUUGAGAAAGGCAUAUCUUACAUUGGACGGAAUACUGGAGAUAGAAAACAAAUACUUGGAGAAGAUGGCGAGUUCCAAUUCGAGCACGACUUCACUCACUUCUAGACCUCCGAGCCGAAGGAGUACUUUGCCAGCAGUUACAGUGGAUGAUAUUGCACAUCAAACGGCAAAUCUCUCUGUAGGAGACCUCGAUGAGGAGAUGGACGAAAACAAUGCUUCAUUUCCGGACGUCUCAAGACCACCUUCACCUCCCUCGGUUACGAACCCCUAUGAUAUCGACCCGGCGCUUGCUGAAAAAGUGUUCACCAACCGAACAGAUAUUUUCAUUCAUUCUGGAGUUCGAUUGUGUUGCGGCCUUUUACUUCUUGUUUUCUCCAUGAUUGAAAAUCCAAUUUUCAACAAAAUAUUGUACAUUGUCGGAUUCAAAGGGGAUCGAGAACGUGGAACCAGACUCCUAUGGCAAGCGACAAGAUACCAAAAUUUUAAUAGUGCCAUUGCUGCUCUUGCUUUACUUGGAUAUUAUAAUGGACUGGUUGGAUUCUGUGAUAUUUUACCCACCGAUGCAGGAGCUGACGAAAACCUUACGGGAUAUCCAAAAAAGAAAUGCCAGGCGCUUCUAGCUGAAAUGAAAACUCGACACCCUGAUUCUAGGUUGUGGAAACUAGAGGAAGCUCGCAUGUUAUCUUAUAAGCAAGAUUUGAAAGGUGCCCUUGAAAUUCUGGAGGAGAACUCUAAGAGUAAGAUGAAACAAAUUGCUAUGAUCAAUACAUUUGAGAUGGCUCUUACUACCUUGUUCUUCCACGAAUAUCAAAAGUCGGCGACGGCAUGGAUCAACUGCAGCGAGCAGAGUGCUUGGAGUCCAACGUUAUACCACUACAUGGCUGGUGCUUCAUACGUCGAACUUUAUCGCAAUACUCGAGUCAGCGAUCCUACGGCAGCUAAGAUCCACAAGAAAAAAGCUACCGAAUUUCUUCUGAAAGCUCCACCUCUAGCAGGCAAACAAAAAGUAAUGGCUAAGCAACUCCCUUUCGAUAUCUACAUAGUAAGCAAAGUGGGUAAAUGGGAACAAAGAGCCAAAACAUGGAAUGUAGAUCUUGUAGAUGCAAUCGGACCCAGUCCUUUUGUUGAAAUGAUAUACUUCUGGAAUGGAGUUAAGAAAAGUGGAAAUGUGGAGUUGCAGAAAUGCUUAGAUCUUCUCGAAGAGGGUAGAAUGACGUGUCCGGAGAAAUGUAAUGAGGAUGAGGAUGAUAAGGCUAUCCAUCUUUUGCUACGUGGAUGUGUGAUGAGAAAUAUGGGGAGGUAUGAGGAAGCGAGAAAGAUCUUGACAGGGGAAAUUGUGGAUUCUGAAAGACAUGCACGUGGCGCUCUCAGAGAUGACUGGACUCUUCCUUCCGCCUACUACGAAUUAGCAUGUUGCUCCUGGCACGAAAAAGAUUUGUCCCCAGCGGGAGAUACAGUUUCGGAAGGGAAGGUUUCCGAUGGUAAAUUAAUAGAGUAUCGGAGGGAAAAAGUACUCGAUUGUGAAGAGAAACUACUCAAGUUGCAUAGUUGGCCACAGAUUUAUGUUUUUGAGGCGAGAAUGAGCUUUAAGAUUAGUACUAGUUUGCUUACAGUCAGACGAGAGAGGGGUUUGAUUGGUCUUUAGAGGAGAAACAGGAGAUCGGGGGAUGGGAUGGGCGAUAGAGAUAGAUAGUUGAAAAUACGGGGGGUCAAAAGACGUUGGAUGUAGAAAGAAAGGACAUUCGUCCGUUCCCGUUGGCAUUUAUAGAUAGAUGGGUUGGUUUUGGUAUUGGAGUUUUGGUUAGCGAGGUGGACGAUUGCUGGGACUGGAUAAUGGAAACACGAAUGAUAUCGUUGUGAUAUGAGAACGAAGAAUCAGUUCUGAACGGGUUUUAGGAAGAAGAAUGGAAUUGAAGAAAUGAGUAAAGAUAGAUGUUCGUAAGAUUAGAUAAAUUGAGAAGAGAUGAAAUGAAAUGAGAAAUUUUGAUAAGUAUACCAUUUGUUACAAUAUCUCUAUUGUCGAACGAGAUAAACAGAUUCACUGGGAAAGGGGAGAC